CUUUUUGGCGGGAACGCAAGGAGUGAAGUUGUGUGAUUUAUUUUGUCUAUUUAGUGUUCCUUCAGGUUUAAAUAUAUAAUAACGGUGGUUUAUUAACUGUUUAAUAUCUGUGAAAGUGCACAAAUGUGGGAAAAUGAAACAAAGCCGCUGGACGUCACUUCUCGGGAUCCUCCAAAAAGUCCAAUGAAAAAGUCUCAGUAGAUGACCACCAUUUUAUUGAGAUUAUAUUUCAUCCCAUAUCAUCUCAUCUCAUUUCAUUUGAUUUCAUACCAGUUGAUUAAUGUCUCAAAUUAAUCAUCUUCAUUUCAUUUCAUCAUUUUUCAUAUAAAUAAGAAAAUAAAUUAAAAUAAGACAUGACUUAAAGGUCUAAGUUACCAGGUCAUAAAAUCCCUUAAAAAAAAGGACAGUUUUAGGUUAGAAUUUCAACCAUACCAAAUCAAUCAAAUUAUUUUUAUUUUUAUUGGCUCAUAAUGUAAAAACUGCAAUCACAAAUUUUGAAAUGCUACAUUCCAUAAGGAUAAAUAGAUACAUUAAUAGUUUCAAAUCAAUAACAAGCAGAAAUGAUUGGAAUUGUUAUCAAAAACAAAUACACAACAUUGGUCUUCAGGAUAUUCCGAAAAUUACAGUUACUGAAAUACGAAAAGUAUUGCGGCAGAAAGGUUUUGCCGUACAAGACGGAUUCACGUCUAUAACUACAAAAUGUUCGAUAUGCUCAACAGAACAGAAUUGCGAGGACAGCAAGGUUUAUAUUAACAAAACCACAGGUUAUUUCUUAUGCUCAAAAUGCAACUUGCAUGGAGACUGGACAAUAUUGGAAAGAAUAGUCAAAAAGGCCAAAGUAGAAGUUUCAAUUAAAGACUACAUAGACAAACUACAGAACGAUACGGCUUCAUUUAAAAAUGAAUGGGAAAAUGUUAUCAAAGACACUAUGUCUAUGUCAGCCCUAAAUGAAACUGAACUCUUGGAUUUAUUUAGGUUAUAUGAAUUUCCUUUCCAUUCUGAAGCUGGAAAGACACUUGCUGAGGUCAGAGUAUCAGCAGACCGUACAGUAUUAUAUUUUCCAUUAAAAAACAUUUUAAAUCAAGUAGUAGGCUAUCGUAAGUUGCAAGCUGGCAAUGAAGAUCAAAUACAAUGUUACGGCUUCCAUAAUGCUGGACUCUUUUCAUGUCGAAUACAAAGAGGAAGCCGGAGUGAUCAAGCUAUAUUAGUGCCAACUGUUCAGGAUGUUUUAAGUUUAGCAGCUCAUAAAGUACCAGGUACAUUUAUUUGGCUCAGCAAUUGUAGCCUACCACUAGUAGUAUUGCCAACCUUAGAAAAUCACCAAAAAUUAUAUCUCUGGGGAGAAUGGGACAACAUGAGGGCCGUUGCUGAGAAACUUGGUGAAGAAAGAUGUAGAUUCGUGAGACCGACAGAUGGGCUCGUGACAGCAACCGAAGCAGCUGGAGCCGGCUUAUCAUUGAAGACCCUGGUGUCAGAUGCGAAGCCAGCGGCGCAUCGAUCUAUCACGACCUUCGCUGCUCUCCGAGACGACGUUUAUGCUGAACUCACGAAUAUUGAUAAGGUUCGUGGAGUUAAAUGGCGAAGAUUUCCUGCACUAACUCGACUGCUAGGCGGCCAUAGACGUGGGGAGCUGACGGUACUAACCGGUCCCACUGGAUGCGGGAAGACCACACUCUGCGCCGAGAUAUCACUAGAUCUUGCGCAACAAGGAAUAAAUACACUAUGGGGCAGUUUCGAGAUUAGGAAUUCGCGACUAGCGCGCACCAUGCUGCAGCAGUCCGCCGGCGUGCCUCUAGAACAGAACCUGCAUAACUUCCAGAAGUACGCAGAUGAAUUUCAAAAACUACCGAUUUACUAUUUAGCCUUUCAUGGCCAGCAACCGAUCAAAGUUGUAAUGGAGGCAGUGGAACACGCAAGAUACAUGCACGACAUCGCGCACGUGGUGGUCGACAACGUGCAGUUCAUGUUGGGGCUCGGCGAGGAUCGCGACGGCGACCGUUACCUCCGGCAGGAUGCCGUCAUAGCCGCCUUCCGUACCUUCGCGACCGCCAGACAUUGCCACGUCACGCUCGUCAUGCACCCUAGAAAGGAAAGGGAUUCGGAAGAUCUUUCAACUAGCUCCAUAUUUGGUAGCGCUAAAGCAUCGCAAGAAGCUGAUAAUGUCCUCAUAAUACAGGAUAAACGGUUAACGGCCGUGCGCGGAAAGAAAUUUUUACAAGUCGCUAAGAAUAGAUACAGUGGGGAUCUUGGUAUUGUUCCGCUGGAUUUUGACAAGGACUCCCUUAGUUACCAAGCAAAAAAGAAAAACAAAAUAAAACUAGAAGAUUCUGAAAAAGUAUUGGAUGAAGAAUAUGCAGUCCCCGAACAAAACUAUAUAGAUUUUAACGAAAAACCCCCGCGGCGUGGUAUGCCUUCACGAAAGUUUAAAAAACAAAGUGAUAAUAAAGAGAUAGAUAGUUUUUUAAAUGAUAUCCUUAAUUUAAAGUGAUGUAGCCAAUAGUAUAAGAAUAAAAUGUUUUAGCACCAA